CAUUUCAUACGAAAGCCAAAAAAGAAAAAAGAAGAGGAAAAAGUAUUUUUGUGGGGAAUCUUCCAUGGAAGUACGAACGCACAGCAUUGAGCGGUGUAGCGCAACAGAAUCAUUUUCACAUUUUUCGUUUUUAUUUAUUUAAAAUCCAUUCUCUACUUUCAACUUCUUGCUUUCAAUUCCUUCUUUCUUUCCUUUCUUUUUUUUCUUAUUUUUUAUUCUUAAUCAGCAAAACACAUUCUUGUAAGCAAAGCAAUCGCCCAAUUCCCAACUUCCCUCCCCCUCUCUCUCCCUACUCUUUCUUUUCCUCCUCCCCCUCCGGUGGGUCGCCACCCUUUUCGACGGACUUCCGACCAACCCUCUCCUUGAUUGUCUUCACCUUCUCCUCAAUCCUCCACAACUUCCUUUAACUCUUCCAUAACUGCUCCUUCAUCUUUAUGUUGCUUCAGAAUCUUGGGACGUUGAUUUGUUGAGUGACAUGCAUGCUUGAGAACUUGAUUCUACCUGUUGAUUAUAGAAAGUUUCAGUGACCACUUUUAUUCUUUCUGGAUUACUUCUGUUUGUAGUCAAAUGAGCUUUGCUUUACGAAAUAAUAGCUUCAAACUCCGUCAUGUUUGUUUAUAAUAUUCUUGGGAAUUGUUUUUUCUUUUUUGCGAAUCGGUAGCUGAAACGCUUGUACCACAGUCAUGGCUGCUAUUUGUAUGUUUGAUUACGGGGCAGGAUGAAAUAUUAGAGAAAUUUUUUGAUGAAAGUCGUCACUUUAGAGAUGCUUUACUACUACGUUAAAUCUGGUGAUGCACUUGUAUACCCUGAAUUAUCUUUUUAAAAGUUGCUGCUUCUGCUGUCUUAGACUCCAGGUUUUUGAUCAACAUGCUCAAAUCAACGGAAGAACUAGGUGAAAAUGAAAGUAGCAGGCAUGAAACAAGUCAGAACAAUGAAUAUGUAAGGCUAGUCAUUGCCAAUGAAGCAAGUCCUUUGGAAUUAGAGAUUCUACGGCCUCAAGAAAAAUCAGAAAAUACAUUUUCUUUGAAGUGGUGGAUCAAAGUCUCACUAUGGAGCAUUAUUAGUAUAAUAUUUCUUCUUGCUUUCUUCAAGUGGGGAGUGCCAUUUCUUUUUGAGAAGGUCAUCAUCCCAAUCAUGAAGUGGGAAGCUACUGCCUUUGGUAGACCUAUGCUUGCACUAAUGCUUGUGGCUUCUCUGGCAUUAUUUCCCGUAUUUUUUAUUCCCUCUGGCCCUUCAAUGUGGCUGGCUGGUAUGAUCUUUGGCUAUGGCCUUGGGUUCGUUAUAAUAAUGGUUGGAACAACUAUUGGGAUGGUCCUGCCAUAUUUAAUUGGAUUACUUUUCCGUGAUCGAAUUCAUCAAUGGUUAAUGAGAUGGCCUAAAAAAGCUGAAAUGCUCCGGCUUGCAGGGGAAGGAAGCUGGUUUCGUCAGUUUCAAGUUGUUGCACUUUUUAGGGUUUCACCAUUUCCCUACACUAUUUUCAAUUAUGCAAUUGUGGUAACAAGUAUGAGGUUUUGGCCCUACUUGUGCGGGUCAAUUGCAGGAAUGAUACCAGAGGCUUUCAUUUACAUUUACAGUGGUCGGCUAAUGAGGACACUAGCAGAUGUACAAUAUGGAAAACAGCAUCUGACAACUGUUGAGAUUGUGUACAACGUCAUCUCCUUCAUUAUCGCCAUCAUCACUGUUGUUAUUUUCACUGUUUAUGCAAAAAGGAUGCUGAACAGCCUUCAAAUGGCAGAAGAUGAUCGAAAGUAUUCGGUCUCCCACCCUGGCAGUUUCGAGGUGGAGAAUCUUUCACAUGAAAGAUCUCCAAUCAAUGUGAUGAAGGAAGAUAGAGCGGUAGAAGAGGUCGUAGCUGAGAUUACCCACAAAAUAAGACUUGCUGGAAUACUCGAUAAAGUGGAAAGGGCUCCUAAACCAAGCGAUCAGUUUAGAGGGUGAUGAAGGAAAGCCUAGAGGCUUUCUAGUCAGAAUAUUGAUCUAUUUCUUGCAUCGAUCAACGAGGAUUUCAACUUACUAGGGUGGAUAUUGCGGCUAUGCUUGUCUUAGUACAUUGCUUACCUACCUACAGCCGCAAGCUCAAGCUCAAGACAGUACAUUGUUUACCUACCUACAGCCGCAAGUUCAAGACGCCCUCCCUCUCAUGAUGCAAUUUAAUUAACUUCUAGUUCGAAUAUAAUUUUUGGGCAACUUCACUUUGCACGUCUUCGCUUAUUGUAAGCGAAUGACCACGGAAUGUAUAACCUAUAAUCCCCCUUAACUAUACCAUCAAACUUCAUUUUCCCUUGCCUCAAUUUCCUUAUGUUCUCUCUUUUUAAGCCUACGAUGUGCUCAGAAUGAAGGCUGCUGUAGUUUCACCUUCCUUGUUAUGAGUAAUACAAGGGAAAUUGCGA